GGUAACGCUGGGUAUAAACGACAAACAAAUACAAUACACGAUUGGGAUUUCCAAAAAGAAACUUGAAAUGAGUUUUUCUACAUAAUUAUACGAGUAAAGCAAAAGAAUACAGUGAAGUGAAAAUACAACAUAGCAUCUACCUUUCAUAAGCUACAACGUAUUGAAAAAUCAUCAUGCAACCUAAUAAAUUGAAGAUACUGAUGAUAGGUCCCUCUGAAAGUGGCAAAACUCAAAUAGCUAAUUUUUUAUCGAAUUCUAUUAAUAUUGAUGAAGCGGGAAACCCGAAGCCUACUCAAGGAUUAAGAAUAGUGGAAUUCGAACAGUCAAAUAUAAACUAUACCGGAAGAAACGUAGAUAUAGAAUUGUGGGACUGUAGUGGUGAUCAUAGAUUCGAAUCAUGCUGGCCUGCUUUAAGAUUUGGAGUUAAAGGAGUAAUUUUAGUUUGUUCAUCUAACACAUCAGAAGUCGCUCCUAGAGAAUUAGAAUUGCUAUAUAACUACUUUGUAUCUCAACCAAAGCUAUCCACUAAACAGUGUGUGGUGUUUUACAACUGCGUAGAUGAUCAAUACGAUGUUGGUCAUCUUAAUUUAUCUUCGACAUUUUCAAGAAUAUCUCAAGUCGCUGUGAAUUUGAGAACAGAACGUGAACGUUUGAAAACUGAAUUUUCUAAUUACAUAACCUCUGUACUUCAGUCGGUAUAAAGUAUAAUAUUAUCCGGUGACGUCAUUCUUAUGUAUAGAAUUUGGUGAAAAAUAAAUAAACACAUACUUACGUA